AAGCAAAAGUGACGAGACUCCACCUGAAAGAAAAAUUACAGAGACACAGAGAGAGAGAGACAGAGAUCUGAGUUGGCUGAGACCGAGUUAAUAGAGAGACUGAGUUGGAGAGACCGAGUUGAGAGAAAGCUCUGUGUUGUGGUGUCAGAAAUUAAUGGUUGCUGUCGUUGUUUUUGAAGAAAGUUCGUACAGUACAACACACAAAAAGGACACGAAGAGCAGAGAUGAGAAGAGGAGAGAGUUACGGAGCGAUAGAGAGAAGAUCCUAACCGUUGGAUUAGAUCCCAAUCUCUGAUACUCAACACCAACCGUCCGAUUUAGCCCCUCUCUCUCUCUCUAGCUUAGCUCAAAUUUUUUGGAGGUGAAGUGGAGAGAGAAAGAAAGCUUCACUGAAAACCGAUCGCUCUCAAAAUUCAACCUCUCUAUAUCUAUCUAGCUCUCUCUCUCUGAGGUUCGAGCUCCGUGACAGCUUUACUGUACUGUGAUGGAGCUCAAGAUCAAGCUGUGUAAAUUGGUUUUUGAGUUUGAGUUACAAAAUCGGUGGAGAUUUUCGCUAUGCUAAAGAAAUUUUGGGUAAGAUUUGAAUUUUCUACUGUUUGUUUAGCCAUUUGAGGAAUCUCUGCAAAUAUGAGAUAAUUUGAAGCUAAAAAGGGGCUAAGAUAGUAAAAGAACCCUAGAAUUUUAGCUCUGUAGCUUGAGUUUUCAGCAGAAAUGGAAAGAACCAUAUAGUUGAAGAAUUAUUAAGAGAGGGAGAGAAAGUGUGUCAGAGAGAUAGCAAGAAAAAGAAUCAAUGGAAGACUUUUCGAAAUAUGCUCAUAGUUCAGCUCAUUUGGCUGUGGCACGCCGUGACUAUGCUGCCUUAAGGAACAUUGUUUCUACCCUCCCUCGUGUUGCCAAGGCUGGGGAAGUUAACACUGAAGAGGAGUCUCUGGCUGCUGAGGUCCAGGCUGAUGCCAUUUCGGCUGUUAUUGAUCGCCGUGAUGUUCCAGGUCGUGAGACUCCUUUGCACCUUGCGGUGCGCCUCCGGGACCCUGUAUCAGCAGAGAUUUUGAUGGCAGCUGGUGCGGAUUGGAGUCUCCAAAAUGAGAAUGGUUGGAGUGCUCUUCAAGAGGCGGUGUGCAAUAGAGAGGAGUCAAUUGCGAUGAUUAUAGCAAGGCAUUACCAGCCUCUUGCUUGGGCAAAAUGGUGUCGGAGAUUGCCACGUAUUGUUGCCUCAGCAACUCGUAUUCGUGAUUUUUAUAUGGAGAUAACUUUCCAUUUUGAGAGCACGGUCAUUCCAUUUAUUGGCCGUAUUGCCCCUUCGGAUACUUACCGCAUUUGGAAGCGUGGUUCCAAUCUCCGUGCUGAUAUGACUCUUGCUGGUUUUGAUGGGUUUCGGAUUCAAAGAUCUGAUCAAACAUUUUUGUUUCUUGGAGAAGGUUACUCUUCAGAGGAUGGUAAUGUAAAUUUGCAACCAGGUUCUUUGAUUGUUCUUGCCCAUAAGGAGAAGGAAAUCACAAAUGCUUUGGAAGGAGCUGGUGCUCAGCCAACAGAAGCUGAAGUUGCCCAUGAAGUGGCAUUGAUGUCUCAGACAAAUAUGUAUAGGCCAGGCAUUGAUGUUACUCAAGCUGAGCUUAUUUCCCAUUUGAAUUGGAGGCGACAGGAAAGAACUGAGAUGGUUGGGAAUUGGAAGGCCAAAGUUUAUGAUAUGCUUCAUGUGAUGGUGAGUGUUAAGUCAAGGCGGGUUCCAGGUGCCAUGACUGAUGAGGAACUUUUCUCUGUGGAUGAUGAAGAAAGGACGGCAAAUGGUGAAAACAAUGAUGAGUAUGAUGAUGUAUUGACAGCUGAGGAAAGGAUGCAACUGGAUUCUGCACUUCGGAUGGGGAACUCGGAUGGUCCUUGUGAGGAUGACGAACAUGGGGUCGUUGAAUGCCAAGAAAAUGGUGAAGCCAAUGGUGUUAGUAAGGAUAAGAAAAGUUGGUUUGGUUGGAACAAGAAAGGUUCAAAGAAUGCUGGUGAUGACCCUGAGGAUUCAAAGAUUUUAAAGAAGUUUUCAAAGUUGGCCCCAGAAGGUAGCAAUCAUAAAGCACUGGAUCAUCAAAAAUCAACAUCUGAAUUUCCCAAGGAGGAUAUGGGGGAUAGUAAGAGGGGAAAGGAUAAAAGCAGUAAAAAGAAAAAGAAGAAAGGGCCCACUAGUGAAACUAAGCAUGAAAGCGAGUACAAAAAGGGUUUGAGACCUGUAUUGUGGCUGACACCAGACUUCCCUUUGAAAACAGAUGAGCUCCUGCCUCUACUUGACAUCUUAGCGAACAAGGUCAAGGCUGUUAGGAGACUCAGGGAGCUUUUGACUACUAAGCUUCCUCAUGGCACAUUUCCUGUCAAGGUUGCAAUACCAAUUGUCCCCACUAUUAGAGUCCUUGUUACUUUUACAAAAUUUGAAGAGCUUCAGCCAUCAGAGGAAUUUUCAACCCCUCUCUCCAGCCCAGCUCAUUUCCAGGAUGCCAAGUCCAAGGACUCAGAAGGCUCUGUGUCAUGGAUUUCAUGGAUGAGAGGGAGUCGUGGUGGGCAAUCUAGUGACAGUGACAGUCACCGGUAUAAGGAUGAGGUUGACCCUUUCCUCAUACCAUCAGACUAUACUUGGGUUGAUGCAAAUGAGAAGAAGCGCCGCUUGAAAGCAAAGAAAGCCAAGAGCAAGAAACAUAGGAAACAGGCAGCAGCAAGAAACGGGGAAGGGACAACACAUCAGGCCAGUGAAGAAGUUGAAGAAUAAUUAUGUUAAAAUCUCUCUGGCACUUCCCCACUUUCAGGUCCAUUGCGACGGAGAGGGAGGUUUAUAACUCCUGUGCGCACCCAGACCUUCAAUUUUCCCUCUGGAUAAUUUGGUUGGUGGAUGAUUGGUAGGCAAUCAAUUUGUUUUUCUUUAAGAAGAGCCUUGUCUUCAUGAUCAGUUAUUGUAUUGUUAUGGGAAGUGAGAUUAUAGAGAAGCAGGGUCUUCUCGUUUCUCUGAUAGUUUGUUUUCAUUCUAAUUUUUCGUAGACGCCAAUCUUGUAUCUAAGUCAUUAACAGUUUCACAUUUUUUUUGUGAUUGGUCUUUAUCUCUCUCAAUUCUAGCUCAAAGUAAUAACUAUUCGUUCCAGCUCACUUUAUUUUUUAAGGAAAAUUUAAUGGAAAUAUUUUCACUCUUU